UUAUUUGUAAACAAGCCGCUUAGGUGCAUUUCUGCCGGAGGAAAAAAUCGCAAUUUUCUGGGUUUUCUCGCGUAAUAUGAAUUGAAAUUACCAAUUUAACAUGAGUAGUGACGCGCAGAUUGCAAAACUGGUCGAGGAAAUUGUGGGCGAGAAGAGCAAUGAAGAGGCGCUGGUCGAGGCGUUCGGCGGAAUGUCCGCGGAGGUCAAGGAAGCGACGCUUCGUCAGUAUCUGAUCCGGGUGGCGGAAAUUAACCACCGGAACAAGGUGCACAAACACCUGCAGGUGUUGAAUAAACUGGUCGGAUUGAACCUGUUGCCGCCGCGGUUGCUUUGCGAACAGAUUAUGAGUUCGGAAAAGUUGGUCUUUCAGAACCAGAGUUUCUGGGUCGAGUGCUUCCAGGUGGUGCGCAAGAAUAUCGGCGGUGUCGACUACAAGGGCGUCCGGGAGAUUAUGAAGUGCUGCAAGGAGAAGGCACUGUCGUUCCCGUCCGCCAUCGGUUCGAAUAUCUUGCCACAGAUGCAGGAACUGACCGAGGUAAUUGAGCAUAUUUUCAACCGGAACGCGUGUCUCCUCCCGGCAUACUUUAUCAUCAAUGAGAUCCAGAAGGCCGAUUAUCAGGACACCCAUUGGCGGAUUGCCAAUUUGAUUGCGAAUUUCAUUGAGGAAUUCGUGAUCGUGGCACAGAUGUUGUCCAUCAUUGGGAAUUCCGAAAAAUUGCCGAUCGUGGAGCACUCUUCUUACGCGGACAAUCUGAUUAAUCCGUGGAAGCUCGACCCGAAUACGCUCAAGUUGGCUCUGAGGGGCAAUUUACCGUACGAACCGGAAUUGCUACAGCCUCAGAAGAAGCUUCUGCGGUUCGUGCUGGAACAGCCCUACUCUCGUGACAUGGUUUGUUCGAUGUUGAAUCUGCAGAAACAGCAAAAGCAAAAAUGUAUAGCUCUGGAGGAACAGUUGGUAUGGCUGGUGAUUUGCGCAAUGGAGUGCUCGGAGAAGGAACCGGCUCAUCCAGCAGACGGAGAGGACAUGAUUUCGAGCCACACGCAGUGGGUUUGGUUGCAUUUGAGCUCUCAGCUGAUCUACUUUGUGCUGUUUCAGUUCGCCACCUUUCAAAAUAUUGUCAACUCCUUGCACGACAAACUGGCAGUGCGCAAUCUAAGGCGAGGUCGCGACCAGUUGAUGUGGGUCUUGCUUCAGUACAUUUCUGGCAGCAUUCAACGGAACAGCAUUACGAACUUUCUGCCAAUUUUGAAACUGUACGACAUUCUGUACCCUGAGAAGGACCCGCUUCCGGUGCCGGAUUACAACAAUCCGUUCUGCACGCACCAGAUGGCGCCGACGUGCAUUUGGAUCCAUCUGCUGAAGCGCGCCCAGUCCGAACAUUACAACAUCAACCGGCCGAUUCCGACCGCGCUGAAGCUGCACCACGAGUUCCUGCAGCAUCUGGUCAUGCCGAACAACAACGCCACUCUCUGCAUGGGAUCGGACUAUCGAAUUGCACUGCUCUGCAACGCAUACUCGACCAAUCAGGAUUACUUCUCGCGUCCGAUGGCCGCCCUGAUCGAGACCAUUUUGGGCAACUCGAAGAACCAGUCCGGAGCGGGCGGAUCACAGCAACUGCCAACGGUCCCGCUUUCGAUGUGCGUUCUCGACAGUCUCACGAUUCACAGCAAAAUGUCGCUGAUUCACAGCAUCGUUACGCACAUGAUCAAGCAAGCGCAAAACAAGAGCACCAUUCCGAACGCAAACAACAUGGCUCCGGCACUGGUUGAAACGUACUCCCGGCUGCUGGUCUACACCGAGAUCGAGUCGCUCGGCAUUAAAGGGUUCUUGAGUCAACUACUGCCGCAGGUCUUCAAGUCGCACGCCUGGGGAAUUCUCUACACCCUGCUGGAAAUGUUCUCCUACCGGAUGCAUCACAUUCAACCUCACUAUCGCGUCCAGUUGCUGUCACAUCUGCACAGUCUGGCGUCGGUUCCGCACACUAAUCAAAUGCAACUGCAUUCCUGCGUCGAGUCCACCGCACUCCGUCUCAUCACCGGUCUCGGCUCCGUCGAGGUGCAGGCCCAGCUCUCGCGCUACGUCAACGAACCCAAGGCGCCCGGGAACAUCGUGUCGGCGGAAUCCGAGGAACUCAACCGGGCGCUAAUCCUGACCUUGGCGCGCUCGAUGCAGAUCACCGGCACCGGCAACGAUCCCCAGUCAACCUGGUGUAAGGAUCUGCUGACCAGCAUCAUGACCAACACGCCGCACACCUGGUCCCAGCACACGCUGCAGUGCUUCCCGCCCGUUUUGAACGAUUUCUUCGUGCAGAACAGCAUCCCGAAAGAGAACAAGCAGCUGCUGAAAAAGUCCGUCGACGAAGAGUACCGCAACUGGGCCGGAAUGUCCAACGAGAACGACAUCAUCAGCCACUUUGGAGCGGCGGGAACGCCACCGCUGUUCCUGUGCCUCCUGUUCAAAAUGAUCGUCGAGACGGACACGAUCAGCCCGGUGGCUUACAAAACGCUGGAACGUAUUGGAGCCCGCGCGCUGUCGGCGCAUUUGCGCAAACUCUGCGACUAUCUCGUGUUUGAGGUGUCCAAUUCGGGCGUCGGAGCUCACGUGAACAAAUGUGUCGACACGAUCAACGACAUGAUCUGGAAGUACAACAUCCUUACGAUCGAUAGGCUGGUACUGUGUCUAUCGCUGCGCACUCUCGAAGGUAACGAAGCUCAGGUGAGCUUCUGCAUAAUUCAGCUACUGCUGCUGAAGACUUCCGAGUUCCGCAACCGACUGCAGGAGUUUGUCAACAACAAUUCCCCGGAACACUGGAAGCAGAACAAUUGGCACGAGCGUCAUCUGGCUUUUCAUCAGAAGUUCCCGGAGAAGUUUGCCCCGGAUGAGUCAGUGUCGCAUCCUUCCACACUGCCGGUUUACUUUGGAAAUGUUUGCCUGCGUUUUCUACCCGUGCUGGACAUUACGAUCCAUCGGUACUUGGAGGUGCCGGCUACCAUGAGUAAAACGCUUGAUGUUCUGCUCGAUCACCUGGGCUCGCUGUACAAGUUUCACGAUCGUCCGAUAACGUAUCUGUACAAUACGUUGCAUUACUACGAGAAACGACUGCGCGAGAGACCGCACCUCAAGCGGAGACUGGUUGGAACCGUAAUCGGUUCGCUCAAGGACGUCCGGCCCGAAAAUUGGGCACUUACGAAGCAGUACCAUGAGUACAUGCUGAAGAAGGACGAAACGGUCAACUGGUUACCGGAGCUGAAUUACUACAUAACCCUGGUUCGACGAAUGCAAGACACAAUCGACGGUAACAACGUGUUCCAGGGCACGGAUUGGCGCUUCAACGAGUUUCCCAACCCACCAGCGCACGCCCUGUACGUCAGCUGCGUAGAACUGCUGGGUCUUCCGGUGGGACCCCAAACCGUGGCCAACAGUCUCAUCGACGUCGUCGUAAAAGGCUAUCCCGUAAUCCCGGAGUUCCGGGUGCACAACUGGAUCAACACGAUCGGACUGAUUAUGGCCGCCCUGCCAGAGUCCUACUGGAGUGUGAUCUACGACCGGCUAAAGGACAUCAUCAGCUCAGUCCAGAUGACUGACUGGACACACCGACAGAGUCCAUUCGAAAUGUUCAACUUCAAAAUCGUCAAGGAGGCAAUGCUCGAAAAGAAUUACGUCGUGAUCCUGGCGAUCGCCCAGAGUAUCCUCCAUCACAGCGGAAUCGGUCAAAUCUCGACCAUUACCGACUUCAUCAAGGAAAAGUUCAAGCCCAUAAUCAAAACCGAGUACCAGCUGAUCUACCUGUGUCACGUGGUCGGUCCCUUCCUGAACCGCCUGAGCACGGAACGUCCCCGCGCCGUCUCCGACAUCACGCUUAUCCUGUACGAACUGCUGGAACAGGUCGACAAGGCCCAGUCCUCUACCCCCCUCAAAUACAUGGACCCGAUUUGCGACCUGCUCUACCACAUCAAGUACAUGUUCGUCGGUGACAUGAUGAAGUCGGACCUGGAGGCGAUCAUCCGCCGGUUGCGACCGGCGCUGCAGAUGCGACUGCGGUUCAUCACCCGGCUGAACGUGGACGAAAUUGGCGUCGAGCAGCAAGCGACGGAGGGAAGCAUACCGGCGGGCGGGCAGUCCCAGGCGGAGUUUAAACCGCAGGUAGGUCAAACGGUCGGCGCCGGUGGCGUCGGUGGAACGACAGUGCAACAGACGCAGCAAUCUCAGCCGCAAGCAGUUCAAUAGAAAAGGCGAAAGAUGUAAGUUGAAAAAGUAUAUAUUUUACUCGAUUUUUAUUCAAAGCAUCAUAUUCACAUUAAAAAUCACCCGAUAAGGCCCCUCUACCUAGAUGA